AUGAAUUCAAAUUUAACUAUAAAUGACUUAAAUCAAGGAGCUUUAGAAAAAAGAAAGCAAUUAAAUACAAUUGUUUCAUUACACCCUUUAGUACUUUUUAUUAUUUCAGAUUAUUAUAUGAGACAUAAAUCUCAAACAAAUAAAUCAUUAUUAAUUCCAAUUGCUGGUGCUCUAUUUGGUAAUGAAGAUAAUAAUAAAAUUAUAAUUGAAAAUGCCAUGGAAAUUAAACUUAUUAAAAAUGCAGAUAUGUUUAAAGUGGAUGAAACAUAUUUUGAGUUACGUUUAGAACAAUUAAAGGCAGUUUUUUCAAAUUAUAGUUUUCUAGGUUGGUUUUUUUUUGGGAGUUUUCCAGGAAAAAUAGAAGUGAAAAUACACGAACAGUUGCUAAAAUAUAAUCAAAAUGCUCUUCUUUUACUUGUGGAUAUUAUUUUACUAACAUCUUCAAAAAUAAAUGCAAAAUUGCCAAUUAAAAUAUAUAAAUUUUGUCCUGAGGAAUCUUCAUUAUCUUCUGAAAACUAUACAGAUAAAAAUAUGUUUAUUGAAGAAGACUAUCAACUAAACAUUGGAGAACCAGAAACUGUUAUUAUAGAUUAUAUGUCUAAAGUUGCAGAAAAUAGUGAAAAUAAAAUCGAUGAUAAGAAAUCAGAGAUAAUUGCAGAUUUAUUAAUACAAAUAAAUGUAAUUAACGUUUUGCAACAACGUAUUGAAAUUCUAAAAAAAUAUCUAAUAGAUGUCAAAACAGGAAUUGUUUCUGGUGAUCCAAAUCUUUUACGUCAAAUAGCAUCUUUAUGCAGUCAUUUUCCAAUUACUCAAAAUGGCGAUUUUCAAGAGCUUCAAACAGAAUAUAAUUCUGCUCUUCUUAUAAAUCAUCUCUCAUUAAUAACAAAAUCUUUUAGUAUUAUGAAGGAUUUAUUCUAUAAACAUAAAAUUAUACGAAAUAAUACUAAUAAAUUUAAAGAAUAA